UGUUCACCAGGCCCAGCCCGUACGUGGAUCUCAAUCGUGUUCGAAAUGAAAUUGUAUGAGAAGUGAUCAUUGCAGAUGAAGUCAAGAAUGAGGGGCAGGAAGCAUACGGAGGCAUCAAGGCUUCUGAGGAUCCUGCGGGUGGUCGGUUUCCUCGUCCUAUUGCAUUCCUGCACACUAGGGACAGCCCAAAUGAUUUUCCAAGGGAAGAUGUUCGUCGUUAUCGGAGGCAUCAAUGCAACGAUUGGAAAUCCGCUCAACACCAUCACCGGCUGUGAUGCCGUCCUCUGCGCGGAUUCAUGCCUCUGGAACGGAAACUGCCGGGUGUUUUCUCUCGAGACUCGGCCCACCACCACGGUCUGCCAACUCGGAAGCAAUGGUUCCACCAUCAUCAAGAAUCCCACCGGCAUGUCUGCUGCUUUUUAUUAUGACAGGAACACCGUCCCCCCUGGUUACACCUUUGCCAUGAUCACGGACAAGAUGCAUUUCCUGAAGCCUUUCACCGUAUUCAUGAACUACACCACUGGCUUGGCUGCUUGCAAGGCGGACGGCGCAAACCACCUCGUUCAGGACGACAAGGGCCUCACUUGGCACAACUUCAUCUUGCAGUACGCCGCGUCGAACUUUGCCGCACCUGGCACUUUUUGGUUGGGAGGUGACGACCUGGAUAGAAAUCAUAUCUAUAAUUGGAACGACGGAACGUUGGUGUCGGCCUCGGUUCAGACCUUCUGGGAAUCAAGGCAGCCAGACAAUUCAGGCCCGUGCAUCCAACUUCAUUGGUAUCACUCAGGUUUCCACGACCUGUGGGAUGAUUUCUUUUGUUCACAACUGUUUGGCGUGCUCUGCGAGGUCCGCUUGCCCUGA